AAAGAAAAUUGAGAAACGCCUGUGUUUUGCUGCCUGUCCGGUUUUUUAGAGGGGCAUGCAUUGCAGUCAUAGUUUUAAAAAAGUUCCAGAAAGUGUAGCCAAGGCAGCAUGCCGGUGCUUAACUGAGUCAGGACUUUGGAGGUGAGUUUUUCCCUUAUUAACAGCGAGUCCUGGGAGAGUUGAGAAGGUAUUAUGGUUUCUAAUCAGACCCAGAACAGGCAAAGUAUAGGCUUUCUGGAUUGGAAAAAAAAAAAAAAAAAAAAAAAAAAACCCAAACAAAAAAACCUACUUCAUCACGAACAGUGGCUUUUUGUGUGAUCAUCGGGGCAGAGGGGUUUCUGUUUUCGGGGAGGCAUGUGGGAGCUGGCUGAGGUUACUCGGACCUGAGGCUGGCGGACGGACACUCUAGAAACCCUGAGAGUAAAACCGAGCUGAGGAAAAAAAACCUUCAUCAGGACUUGAGGACUUUAGCUUUCUCUCAGUGGUUUUGCAGGGCACAAAUGGAAUUUGGAACUGGAAAGCACAGCGUUUGAACUUAGUUUUCCUUUUAGCAACAAGAAUGGUGUCAGAACGCCUUCUCGCUGAGUUUCCUGCACGUGGGUAGAGCGUAGAAAGAAACCCAGAGGCUGGGUCACGUCCAGUGUUUCUCACGUCUGGAAAAUCAGAGCCCUGGGACACACAUUUUCUAUUAAAGUAAAAACAAGCAAGCGGAGAUAAAGAGAGAGAGAGAGAGAGAGAGAAAAGAAUAGGAAAGGAACAAAAGAGGGGAUUGUCUGAUUUCGAACACUUGAUGGGUUUCUUGAGGGGUAGAGGGACUUGAGUAUCUCAGUGGUGACUUUGGACAGCUGUUGGCCAGGGACAGAUCAAAGGGCAGUGGGCAGCGUGGGGGACCGUGUCGGCCGCGUCUUCCAAUUUUCUUGCUGUAACGGAUACCUUUGUGGGGAUCUUCCCCGAGUUUUAUUAGCAGAGCCUUAAGACUGAGUCGCCUUCUCCUGGGAACCCUAUUGUGUCUGGCCGAGAGCCUGGCUGACCUCCCACUGCCUCGUCCAGGUCCUGAGCUGGGUGGGAACUAAGGCUCUGGUUACACCCGGCCAGCCCAGACGGCAGCCUUUGUGACGUGGGGCUCUCUGGAUCUGCCCUUCUGGGCACAGCCCUGUUUCCCUGUGGGCAGCUGAGCACAAUAGACCAGAUGGGCUUUCUGGAUGUGGGGGUUCAUUUUCUCCCCCAAAUGCUUAAAGGUGGAUGAAGAUACCCCACCCCGUGUGUUAACAGGAAGCAUGGCCGUUUGCUUCCUGCCCUCAGCACCAUGGAUCUGCACCUCUUCGACUACUCGGAACCGGGGAACUUCUCCGACGUCAGCUGGCCGUGCAACGGCAGCGACUGCAUCGUCGUGGACACGGUGCUGUGCCCCCACAUGCCCAACAAAAGCCUUCUGCUGUACACGCUGGCCUUCGUUCACAUCUUCAUCUUCGUGAUCGGCAUGAUCGCCAACUCCGUGGUGGUCUGGGUCACCAUCCAGGCCAAGACCACCGGCUACGACACGCACUGCUACAUCCUCAACCUGGCCAUCGCCGACCUGUGGGUGGUGGUCACCAUCCCCGUCUGGGUGGUCAGCCUCGUGCAGCACAACCAGUGGCCCAUGGGGGAGCUCACGUGCAAGAUCACGCACCUCAUCUUCUCCAUCAACCUGUUCGGCAGCAUCUUCUUCCUGACGUGCAUGAGCGUGGACCGCUACCUGUCCCUCACCCACUUCGCCGGCACGUCGAGCCGCAGGAAGAAGGCGGUUCGCCGCACCGUCUGCGUCCUGGUGUGGCUGCUGGCCUUCUGCGUGUCCCUGCCCGACACCUACUACCUGAAGACCGUCACGUCGGCGUCCAACAACGAGACCUACUGCCGCUCCUUCUACCCCGAGCACAGCGUCAAGGAGUGGCUCAUCAGCAUGGAGCUGGUCUCCGUCGUGCUGGGCUUCGCCGUCCCCUCGUGCGUCAUCGCCGUCUUCUACUGCCUGCUGGCCCGAGCCAUCUCGGCGUCCGGUGACCAGGAGAAGCAGACCAGCCGGAAGAUCAUCUUCUCCUACGUGGUGGUCUUCCUCGUGUGCUGGCUCCCCUACCACGUGGUGGUGCUCCUGGACAUCUUCUCCAUCCUCCACUACCUCCCCUUCACCUGCCAGCUGGAGAACUUCCUGUUCACGGCCCUGCACGUCACACAGUGCCUGUCCCUGGUGCACUGCUGCGUCAACCCCGUGCUCUACAGUUUCAUCAACCGUAACUACAGGUACGAGCUGAUGAAGGCCUUCAUCUUUAAGUACUCGGCCAAAACGGGCCUCACCAAACUCAUCGACGCCUCCAGAGUGUCUGAGACGGAGUACUCGGCCUUGGAGCAGAACACCAAGUGACGCGCCCUGCGGGGUCCCGGGGACUGAAGGUGCCCGUUUUCCAUGCGGCACCGGGAUGCGUCGUUUCCCGAGCGCGCCGCCAGGGGGCUUCGGGCCCAGGUACCCGAGUGGCGGGAAGAGGGGAGCGCGUGCCACGGGCCGCCGUGGCGGCUGCCACGCGGCCGUGCGUCCUGGCGGUGUCUCCUCACGCAGGUGUGACCGACCUGUUGGCCCAAGCCUGCCGCGGGGAUGGGCUUGCCUGCACUUGUGUAAAAUAGGAUUUCCGUGCUCCCCGAAGGUUUUCUAUGGCGAUUUGUAUUUAAAUCUUAAGACUUUAUUUUCUCACUAUCGGUGUACCUGAUAAACGUAUUUGAAAGUUUAAAUAUAUUUUAAAUAUCGUACGGGAGGCACAACGCUGACUUGUAUUCAGAGCGUGGUAGUUUGAAGACUAGUUUGACUUCCGUGUUGACUAAGGAUGACAUUAAUUGUUAGCUGGUUUGAAAGGAUAUAUCUAUAAAUAUAUAAGUAUAUAAAUAUACGCCAGUCUUGGCGGAAAGGCUUUAUUUACGAUAGUUUUAUGUCUGUGUGGUGCUUUGGGGUAUGGAACGACAAAACGACUCUGUCAUGCAGCCUGUGAUCUUAUGGGUGUUGUAAAAGUACGUGAAAAAGGCGAAACAAAGCACAGCUGCCCCGGGCUGCGACGCUGUGCAGAAAGCGAGCGGUCUUAUUCCAGAAAGUUCUCUCCGUUUGUAAGUUAUUUUUUUUUAAUAAAGUUUUUUUUUUUUUCCUAAAAA